UUAUUAUUUUUAGAUAAUAUUUACAAAACAAUCAUGGGUAAAGUACAUGGAUCCCUUACCAGAGCCGGUAAAGUAAGAAACCAGACUCCUAAAGCUGAGAAGCAGGAGAGAAGAAGAAAGCCAAUCACUGGAAGAGCUAAGAAGAGACAGCAGUAUAACAAGAGAUUCCUUUCCGAGGAAGCUCAGAACCCAAGAAGAAAGGGACCAAAUGCUGGAUCUGGAAGAAAAUAAUUGAUAUUCUUAAAGUUCUUACAUAAUGCUUUUACAAUAAUUUCUAGAAUUUAGCGUAAGUGGGUC